AUGGGACGUAACAUAAACGAAUUCAAAUUUAUCUCUCAAAAUAUUACAUCUUCUGGAGCAACCAAUGAGGCAAAAGAUGUUUAUUUCGAAAGAAAUAUAACAGUGAGUGAAGAAGAUGUGCUACUAGAAAGGAAAUUAAAUACUGAACAAAAAAGGGCAUAUCACAUAGUUCUUGAUAGAUUCUAUUCUAAUAAACCAGGGGCAUUUUUUAUUGACGGUUCAGGUGGAACUAGAAAAACUUUCUUAUAUCGAGCUUUGUUGGCUGUUGUAAGAAAGAAAGGGUUUAUAGCUUUAGCAACUGCAAGUUCUGGUGUCGCAGCUUCAAUUCUUCCAAGGGGAUCAACAACUCAUUCACAUUUCAAAAUUCCUAUUGUCAUUGAUGAGAAUUUUACAUGCAACAUUAGUAAACAAAGUUCAUUAGCAGGUCUGAUUCGAGAUUCAAAUUUAAUUGUUUGGGAUGAAGUCUCAAUGGCAAAAAACAAAAUGAUAGAAGCUUUUGAUAAACUCUUAAAAGAUCUCAUGAGUACAAAUGUACUCUUUGGUGGGAAAGUAGUUGUUUUUGGGGGAGACUUUAGACAAACACUUCCAGUUAUUCGUAGUGGAAAAAAAGAGAUUUUUUCGGCGAAAGUUUAUUAUACUCUCAUAUUUGGAAUCAUUUGGAAAAAUUAUGUUUAUCUAAAAACAUGCGUGCAAAAAAAGAUCCAGCAUUUUGUGAAUAUUUAA